UCCGUACGAUGCUCGGGAGGGCGACACGCACACCACUAUGCCCUCGAAUUCCAGCAGCGGUGAGCGCGUACGGCGGCACUCGCCAACACCACACACACGCUCAGACGGUCGAAGCAACCUGACCCUCGUCGAUCGCUGUGCGCCCUGCUGGUAAGCGUCGUCCCCGCGGGUGCGUGUACACAGUCCGUCGUUUUGUGUGUGCCUCUUUCCGCUGAAAAGAAAAAAAGCCUUGGAAAGUGCGGUGGAGGGCGAACGUGCGCGUGUAGCAAACGCUGCUCCACUCUACUGGUUGCUGUUUUUGGUAAAAGUGUCUUGCGCGUUUACAAGUGUUUUUGUGUCUUGAUAUUUAAGAAGAAAAACCAAAAUAUCAAACUCACCCUCAGUGAGCGAGGGUGUGUAUGUGUGUGUGUGUGUGUGUGUACCCGUUAGAGCCAAAGCGGGUGAAGGCUCCAAGUUCUUGGCUGGGCUUUUUCUACCUUGGCGGGUGAAACUGCGAGGCGAAAGCGAACGAAAAAAAAAGGCAAAAAAACACAGAGGUGCGGUGGUGACACGUCACUUGGUGUGUGCCGUUUUUGAGUUGUUGUGUCGCUUGUGUCGCUACCCCCACCCCGCACAACUGGUGGGCUGAGCUCUGUAGCAAGUGUGGAUUGACGACGGUGUAGUGGAAGAUCACCCGGAGCAAUUGCCACCACGAUCCACCUUCCGGCCGGGGACGGGGGGAGACAGGGGCGAUCGCUUCUGCCUGGCUGGCCUUGUUCGCGUCCGGUCAACCCCGCUGGCAAGGCCACUCGCGUUCCAAUUCCACAAUCAGGAAGCGGUAAACCAAUCAACGCACGGGCGACGGCAAAGGACGAGCUCUUGCGCCUGCAGGUAUGCAAUGCAGGAAGUGAAAGGACGAUCGUGGUAGUGUGCAGUGUGUGUGUGUGUGUGUGUAGGGAGGAGGAAGGAAAGAAUAACAACAAACAGCAUCUCCAUACACAAGCGCAUCACGUUCGCGGGAGCACAUUCCAGCAGUAAAUAGUGAAGCAACGACAAAAAAAAACAAUAACAAUAACGACAGCAAAAUCAUAACCAAAAGACGGUUUUGUUCAUCUGUGUGUGCCACUUAGCAGGUAAGAGCAUCGAAACUCUACCUCGCGCUGUGUUCGUGUGUGUGUGUGUGUGUGUGGCAAAGUGUUGAAAUGGAAAGCGCCUGAGAUGGAAUGGGAGGAAGACAUGGCAGUGUAUGUGUGAGUGUGUAUAUGUGCGUGAUGAUGAUGUGUGUGUGUGGCAGUGCGGUGGACGCGGGUAGGCGAUGAAAUGUGAAAUCCAUCUCGCGCACAUCAGCAUCAUCAGCAUCGUCGUCGUCGCCGCCGUCUACGGUUUGAAAGUUGUCGCUGGCAAAGCAAAAGAAAAUCGAAGAGAGCGAGAUCCGAAAAGGAAAGAGCGUGCGUGUGUGCUAGUGCGUGCGUGUGCGAGGUGUGGAACGAGCGGUGAUCCUCGGGUAGCGCAUCCCACAUACUCUACCUACCUGUGUGUGUCGCGGGCCACAAUCAACGCUGUCCCGGGGGUGGACCAUCUAUCAAACGCGCCAUCAUCAUCAUCAUCAGCAUCAUCAUCAUCAAGCGCGCGACAUCAUCCGCCCAUCCCGAGUUCCUGGGCUGAGGGGCACUUUCGAACGAGCGCGAAUCGCAAAAGGGCACACUGGUGCGGAAGGUGAUAAAACACAACGGCGACGACAACCUUGAAGCGCCCGUCCCCUCCGCAACUGCGAAUUUUGCCUGCGAAUAAAAAUGAUCGAAAUUAAAUAGGCUGAUUGCUCGCCUCUACCCUACCGAACGCUACGAAGAGGCUGACAGAGGCGUCAGCAGUGAACAAGAAACACACACCACCACCACCACCACCACAUCCAAACCACUAUAAUGAUAUCGCCCCGCUUUAAUGUGGUGGAUGUGACCGGUUUGGGACCGCCGCCGCCGCCGCCGCCACCACCGUCAGAGAAAACGCGCAGCAGCAACACGACGGGCGGCCAGGCGCCAGCUGCCGGGAUGGCACACGCCCCGGUGGCAACGACCGCGGGCGGCAGCAGCAGCAGCAGCUAUCGGACGGAGGCGGACCAACUGAUGCACGGCGUCAACUUUACCACCGCUCAUCACUGGCCGGUGCGGCACGCCAAGGGGCUGCUGAACGGGCCCGGCCAGAACAACUGCUUCCUCAACUGUGCGGUACAGGUGCUCUGGCAUCUGGACGCUUUCCGGCGCUCGUUCCGCCAGCUACAAACACACGACUGUGGAGGUCCGGACUGUAUAUUUUGUGCUCUCAAGGAAUUGUUCUCCCAGCUGCAGACCAGCUCGGAACCGGCCCUAUGCCCGGAACCGCUGCGCCGUGCGCUGGCGAGCGGACCGCUCGCCGGCCGCCGCUUCCCCCUCGGCUGUCUGGGCGAUGCGGCGGAAUGCUUCGAGCUGCUGCUGCACCGGGUACACCAGCAUCUGUCCCCGGUCGACAGCGAUAGCUGCGAGGCGGCCCAGUGCGUCGCCCACCAGCGGUUCGCGAUGCGCGUCGUCGAGCAGAGCGUGUGCGAGUGCGGUGCCAACUCGGAAAAGCUACCCUUCACGCAGAUGGUACACUACGUGUCGGCGUCGGCACUCACGUCACAGAACUCGCUGUCGAUUCAGCACCAGCAAAACAUCACCUUCGGCCAGCUGCUGCGGAACGCGGGCAACAUGGGUGACAUCCGCGACUGUCCGAGUGCGUGCGGCGCCAAGAUCGGCAUCCGGCGGGCGCUGCUAAACCGGCCGGACGUCGUGUCGAUCGGUGUCGUGUGGGACUCGGAGCGGCCGCCCGCCGACCAGGUGCACGCGGUGCUGAAAGCGAUCGGCACCACCCUGCGGCUGUGCGACGUGUUCCAGCAGGUGUCCGAUCACCGGUGGGCCCAAACCGUCCACCACGAGCUGGUGGGCGUCGUGUCGUACUACGGCAAGCACUACACCACCUUCUUCUUUCACACGAAGCUGCGCGUCUGGGUGUACUUUGACGACGCGAACGUGAAGGAGGUCGGCCCGAGCUGGGAGGGCGUCGUCGAGAAGUGUUCCCGGGGUCGCUACCAACCGCUGCUGCUGCUGUACGCACUGCCCCAGCCCCAGCAACUGCAGCAGCAGCAGCAGCAGCAGCAGCAGCUGCAGCAACAUCAGCAGGAGCUGACGACCCUCGCCCAGCAUCGCAGGGCCGUUACGCCGAGCCCGGAGAAAGCGUCGAUGGGCUCGAAUGUCCGGCGUGCCAUCACACCCACCCCGAACCGGGCCCUGCCGAUCUGCGACUACCAGAAUCUGACCGUCAUACAGAGCAAAAUAUUCGCGUCGGCGAACGGCAGCAGCACGAGCGGCCCGGCCAACACGGCGGCCGGCGAGGACGGCGAAGGGAAGGAGCACUACAUCAGCCGGAAGGCGGUGCAGAAUGUGCUGAGCGCGCAGUACCAGAACCUGUCCGUGAUACAGGACAAAAUCUUCCCAUCGGCUCACGACCUUCAGCAGCAGCAGCAGCAGCAGCAGCAACAUCAACAGCAGCAGCAGCAGCAGCAACAGUUGCGAGUGUUAGCAAACGGUCCCACCAAGCAGCAGCAACAGUUGGGCUACAAUGGCGUCCCCCCCAACUCGGUGGGCAUGCCGAACGUGUCACCGUCCUCCUCCAGCGGUACGGCCUCCUCGCCCGACGGCCUCUCCAUGCCGGACCAUCUCAAUCAGCCGCGGCGGCGCGAUUCGGGCAACUGGAGCGGCGACCGCAACUCGGCCUCCUCCUCCUCCUCCACCACGCUGGACAAUCCGUACCUGUACCUGGUCGGCAAGCGCCAGGUCGGGGGCAGCGUCCCGGCCAGCCCAACCCGUGCCAACAACUCGGCCGGCGCCGCCGGGCUCGGCACGCACGGGGCCGCCCAGUUCUACGACGCCGGCUACGAUUCCUACUCCCUCUCGUCGACCGACUCCUUCCCGUCGAAGCACCAGCCGAGCGGGGGUGGCGGCGGCGCCGGUCCGAGCGCCGCCGGGCUGCUGCUGUCCGCGGCCGGCGCGGCGGUCAAGAUACCGGACUCGGUCGUGCUGUCCGGCGACUGCGAGAAGCUGUGCAUGGAGGCGGACCAGCUGCUGGAGAAGUCGCGCCUGCUCGAGGACGCGCACGAUCUCGAGACGGCGCUGGUGCUGUGCCACGCGGCCGCCAGCAAGGCGCGGGCGGCGAUGGACGCCCCCUACAGCAACCCGCACACGAUGACGUUCGCGCGCAUGAAGCACAACACGUGCGUGAUGCGGGCCCGCUCGCUCAACCGGCGCAUCCUGAUCGAGAAGGGAGGGGAGAUGAUCAAGGAGCAGCAGCUGCAGCAACAGUUGCAGCAGCAGCAGCAGCAGCAGCAGCUCCACCUCCACCAUCAAACGAUGCAGCAGCAGCAGCAGCAGUAUCACGUGCUGACGAGCGGCGGAGCGCUCCAGCACCGGCGGCAAAACAGCAAGGAAAAGCUGCUGGCGGCGGGCGGCGGCCACCACCACCCACAUCACCAUGCGCUGGCCGGCUCGACGACGGCCGGUACGACGGCGGGCGCCGGCACCAGCAACACCGCCAGCGCGUCGCCCUCGAAAAGCAUCGAAAUCUACGCCACGCUGCCGAAGAAGAAGGUCACGCUGAAGCUGAUCGAGGCGGAGCACGUCGAGCCGGAACCGGCCGUCGAUCUGAAGGCGGCGGCGGGCGGCCCGGCGGGCGGCAGCGAGCGGGAAAGCCGCAGCCUGUUUGCGCGCGUCACCUCCUCCUCCUCCGACAAGGACGGCAAGGAGGGGCGGGAGAAGCGCAGCCGCAGCGAGGACCGGAACAAGGCGCUCGCCGACCCGGGGCUGGUGAACGCGAAGGACACGCUGCGCAAGCACAAGGAGGAGAAGGACGCGAACGAGCGGAAGGAGAAGGAGGCCAAGUCGGGCAAGAAGCAGCACAAGAUCCGGCGGAAGCUGCUGAUGGGCGGGCUGAUCCGGCGCAAGAACCGGUCGAUGCCGGACCUGACCGAGGCGGUCGGGUCGGGCGGGCCCGGCUGCGACCCGGCCGGCAAGGGCGCCGACCUGCUGGAGGGGAAGGGUGGAGCGGGCGGGGCGGGCGGGCCGGCCGGUGGGGCGCUGCACGGCGCCUCGCUCGACGACAGUGCGGUCGGGUUGAGCGUGAGCGCGAAGGACAACGCGAACAGUGGCUACCUGUCCGAGGGCCACUUCGACUACCAUCCCAUCUCGAACACGAACCCGAACCUGGAGCGCAGCAAGCUGAUGCGCAAGAGCUUCCACGGCAGCGGGCGGUCGCUGUCCGUGCCGAAGGUGCCGCCGCCACCGCCCGUACGCAUCGGGUCGGCCCUGAGCGCCGUCUCGAGUGGUACGGCAGGGGCGUCGCAGCAGCAGCACCACCAGCAGCACCACCAGCAGCAGCAGCAGCAGCAUCAACCGAACGGAGCUCCGUACGGUUCCUCCUCCUCCGCCUCCUCCUCGCCCUCGAUGCUGCAGAUGCAGAAGCUGCCGCUGAACGGGGUCAACCUGCGGCACCUCGAGUACGUCACGGAGGCGGCAGCGGCCGCCCAUCCACCGUCCGGCAUCAAGCCCUUCCACGAGGCGAACGUCUCGAACCUCUCCACGAUGAGCUCCAACACGAGCAUGAGCGAGGACUCGUGCCAAACCAUCAUCACCACCUGUGCGGUCGUGCACCAGGAGCAGUCGCCGGCGAAGCCGCAGGACCUGCCGCCACCGCCGCCCACCGAGGAGGUCGACUCGAUCGUCCGCUACCAGCAGCAGCAGCAGCAGCAGCAGCAGGUACCGCAGCAGCAGUUGGAGCUGCCACCGUACCCGAGCCCACCGUCGACGACGUGCCAUUCGCGGCAGGCAAGCGAGGACUUUCCGCCACCGCCGCCAGCAAUCGACUUCGAGCCGCUGCACGAGCAGCUGAGCGAGAUCCAGAGCCUGCAGACGACCGGUGGGCAGGGCAAGCCGCCGAUGAUGAUGAUGAUGAUGUCCCACAGCUCCGGGCAGACGGGCAUACAGAACACGACCAGCAUACUGGCGCAGCUGCAGGCGAAGCAGCUCCAGCAGCAACUUCAACAGCAGCAGCAGCAGCAGCAGCAAUACCAGCAGCACCAAGAGCAGCACAACCUGAACAACCCGAUCAGCACGAGCGAAAUACUGAACGAAACCACGCGCUCGGAGAUCUGGCUGAAGGAGCUGCAGCUGAAGCAGCUCGCACUGAAGCAGCAGCAACAGUGCCGGGAGGUGUCGCCCGCUCAGCAGCAAUAUCAACCCCAGCAGCAGCAAGGGCCGAAGCUCCCGGCCGGCCCUCCCGCGACCGGUGGAGACCAGCGCAGCGUGCGCGACCUUGCCUCACGCUUCGAGCAGAUCAAGCUCUCCGUCGGGCAGCAGCUACAGUCGCAGUCGGCAGCGCACCCGCCGAACGUGCGCACCGGCAUGAGCGGGCUGCUGCUCGCCGACCAGCAGCAGAAAGCGAACGCUCGCUCAACACCUCCACCGCCGCCACCACCGCAACCAGCCGCAACGGACGCGCCGGACACCGUGCCCAGCGCAGACUUCUCCACCGGCAGCGGCGAGGAUGUGGUCGACUGCCCGCGCGACAUCGGCAUGGUGUACCGGAUGCAGCUGCCCAAGCCCCGGUACGACAUCGCCCAGAGCCAGAUACAGGAGGAGAUCCGGGAGGUGGAGAUGCUGAACCAGGUCGUCCAGCAGACGCUCAACAAUGGGGCGGCGGCUGCAGCAGCAGCAGCAGCAGCGGCCAGCAAGUCGGACGUACUGCCGGCGGCCGGCCGGACCAAGAAGAAGAGCGUGUCGUUCUGCGACCAGGUCAUACUGGUGGCGACGGCCGACGAGGACGAGGAUGACGGGUUCAUCCCGAACCCAAUCCUGGAGCGGGUGCUGCGGACAGCCGGCGGUGGUGGUGGUGGCCCCACCGCAGCAGCGGCAGCGGCCGCCGUCGGCUGUACCGAUGCUGACGUCACGCCGGGCGUACUGCUGCCCGCGGGCAACGGUGGCGAGUCGGUGGCUCCUGCCGCGGGUCUGCCGGAACGGCUGCCGACACUGUCCACCAGCAUUACGUACCACCCGAUCAAGGCACCGUCGCCGACGCAGCAGCUCAAGCAGCAGCCGACGCCGCCCGGCGCCCCAGUCUACUCGCUGGCGGCCGACAUGCACAAGCAGAACCUGGAGAUACAGCGCCAGCUGCAGCAGCAGCAGCAGCAGUACUACGGUGCGGUGAACAACAGCAGCCCCGAGCUGGAGAGCUACAAGCAGCAGCAGCAGCAGCAGCAGCAGUACUCCUCCAUCCCAGCGAACGCCACCAUCUUCAAGACGCAUCAGUUCAGUGCGGCUAUGCCGACGACCAAGGCGACGCCCUCACUGUACGGCGUGCCGCCCAACAUGUCGCUGCAGCUUCAACAGCAGCAGCAGCAGCAGCAGCAACGACUCUACGGCAGCGACACGGGCAGCGAGCUUAGCUUUGACGGGCGCAACAGCUCCUCCUCCUCCCAGCUAACCUCACCGUACAUGACCGUGCCGCAUCUGCUGGGAGACGGUGGGGCUGGUAGUGGACCACCACCGCAGCAUGCCGUCGGUGGCUACCAGACCGUGUCGGCGUCGCCGACCACCAUCACCACCAACACGAGCCCGGCCUCCAACACGCUGCUGCGUCAGAACAUUGCCACGCUGCUGCAGCACCAGCAGCUGGGCGGUGUAACGCCAGCGACCAUGCGGCCCACUCCCCCGAACGGCCACACCCUGCCCAAUGUCUACCAGAAGCCGCCGAAACCGCUCAACGCCUACCAGCAGCAGCAGCCGACGACGACGACGCCCCAACAACAGCAGCACCAGCUCCAGCAGCUCACUAGCGCUGCCGGCUACAAUGGUGGAGUCACCACGAUGCCCUCCUACACGCAGCAGCAGUCCAGCUCACCCUACCAGCGCGUCCCACUGCCGCUCGGGUACGACAACCUCUACCACGAGCAGCCCUCGAUGGGGCUCAUGACCCAACAGCAGCAGCAGCAGCUUCUAGGUCUCGGCAAUAGUGUCGCACAGCAGCAGCAGACGAAACCAAUCCAGAAGAAGGUGAGCUUCGAGCCGGGCACGAAGGGGGGCGGUCCGGACGGGUCGCCCGGUACGAACGUGUCACCUUCCCCGUCUGCCAACGGAUGUCAGCCGCAGCAGCAGCAGCAGCAGCACUAUCAACUACAGCUACAGGACGCACAACAGCAGCAGCAGCAGCAGCAGAAUGUCGUCGGUUUGCCGACCCGCGUCGUCCCGAUCGCGACGACGUACGGGAACGGGAGCGCGAUCGUCAAACCGUCCGCCAAGGCGGUCCAGUGCAAUCUCUGCCGGAAGAAGCACUGCAUCCUGCCCGCCAUCUACUGCAGCGACUGCGAGACGUAUCUUGCCCGCUUCCAGAUGCCGGUCCGCCGGUAAUAGUCCACGGCCCAGACACUUGCCUCCCGGGAGACCUGUUGGAAUAUAGUGCCUGUUGGAAACAAACCUGUUGGAACAUAGUGCCUGUUGGAAACAAACCUGUUGGAAAAUAGUGCUCGAGACACUCGAGGGAACAGAACGCUCCAAAACACGCAAUUGGUUGUAAACCAAUUGUUUUUUUUUUUUUGCCGUCCGUCGGUGGCGAGAGGAUUGGCUCUCUUGCCUCGCCUGUUUGUCGUGUCCGCCUGAAUGUGAUAACUUAGAAAUGCAAAAACAAAUCAAAAACAAAAUGAAGCGCGGCAACCAGCCCUCGAUGGAGUGCUGCUGUAUUAAUAUUAUUUUUUUUUUUUAAUUCGGUGCUGCACUGUGCUGCUGCGUUGAGCUAACCUUAAAAAAAGCAAUAGUGGGGCGGUACACAGACGAUGUCUGUGUGUGUGUGUGUGUGUGUAUUGUAUCAUGUGGUGGGAAUCACUGGGGAAAAGACCUGCGCGUCCUUUUUCCGACCAAACGCGCACCGCGACGAGGUUAUGUUUACGAUUUUAUUUAGCCGUUGCAAGUAUCCAAUUUGACACCCACGUAGAGGACCGGAGCGCGCACAGGAGAUGGAGAAGGACGGACGCUUCUUUUCCAUCUCCGCUACGCGCGCGCCGCGGGUGUUUUUUUUUUUUAAAUAAUUAUUUUAUUUUUUAAUUCUAAUACACACACGCCUUAAACCGGUCAGAGCGCUGCCAGCUGUCGAACAAUAACACUUAAUGGGCGGCCUCUUAGUACACUUACCCCCUUACGUUUACUACUUUUAACACGCGUAGCUUAAGUACAUGCGCUAGUAAGUUAGGGAUAGUAUUACCUUCUUUUUUUUUAAUUUUCCUUAGCGACAAGAAGGGGUGCGCAAAGGGGAAGGAUGGAGCAACAGUGAACUCUUUGCCCCGGAGGUUUCUUCACAAGGGAUUGUGUGGGAUGGGCGUUCUGCGGGCGCUGCGCAAACAGUGCUCGAAAAAAUAGUGGCCGAACAGGGCCGAAUUGAUGAUCGAAUCUCGCCAGCGGAUUCGGUUCGGUGCCAUCGUCUCGUCCUCCGCACGCGAAAAUGCGGCUGGCUGACAACAGAAGGGAGUAUUGCGGGGGGGGGGGGGGGGGGGGGGGGCUAAGAUCGGAGGAGUAGUGUUCGAAAGUGGAAGAAAGAAGGGCGGAAAAAACUGCUCGAUAUAAUAGUACUUAGCAUUAGUUGAUCGCUCCGUUUUUUUUUUAUUUUAACGCUUAAACACACGCGUUUAAACUUCCGCUUCCUUUCCCGCAGCUUCCCCCAACACAACGGGGGAAGGGUGGCAAAGGGAGGCGACCCUGAGAACAAAGCCCGUGGGGUGGAAAGUAAUUUUAAAUAAAAGCUAAGAUAAGUAUUCGGCUAGCAACAGUGGUAACCAAUUUCCUGCCCCGUUCUAUUUCAUACUCCCCCAUAACAUUUUGUUGUCCAUAUCCCCCCCCCCCCCCCCAUACCAUCCCUCUCUUGCCACCCACUCUUUUCUUCCAUUUAGCAAUUUAAAAAAAAAAACACGCGCAUAUUAUUGUAACAUUCAAAUUUAAAACAUUCCAACAAUGCUUCCAGCGCGAGCAACGUUUUUUUGUUUAUUUGUGUGUCUUUUUGUAUUUUUUUUUUUUAGAAACAGCCGCCCCCUAAUUCAUCCCACAAGUGUCUGUGUGUGUGUGUGUGUGUUUGUGUCAAUGUAACGUUUCAGCACGACGUUGCAAAGGCGCACCCGCCGCCGCACAAAAUGUAAGAUUUAUAACGUUUAAAUCGAAAAAAAUGCAUAAAACAACAACCACACGCGCCCAUCAUCAUACACGCCGCUCCACAACGUUGUUGUUGUGUGUGUGUGUGUGUGUGUGUGUGGGCGCGUUGGAAACAAAUAGUAAUAUAAAUGAAUAAUAAAAUAUUACCUUUCACUAUUUACAGAAAAAAAUGAUAAUAA